AUGACGAGGAAGGGGAGGAUUUGGUCGAGUAUGACGACAUCCCGGCACCAAACUCGAUCGAGCUGGAGAAACCGAGACUCAGAAGACAAACCAGAGCUCGAUCGAGCUGAGAAGAGAACAGACAAAGCAAGCUCCAGCCAACCAGCUAAACCUGUUGCAAAGAAGAAAGACACUCCAGCAGGACCACCACCAUACAAACCCCCUCUGCCCUUUCCAGGAAGGUUCAAGAAACAACUGUUGGAAGCACACAAGGCCAAGUUUGAUGAACUAAUGAGACAGCUUGAGCUGAAGUUGCCUUUCAUCGACGCCUUGAUGCUCAUUCCACCUUAUCAGAAAUUUCUGAAGGAUGCUGUUCAGCAAAGAACCAGGGAAGCACAAGGGAUGGUAGUGUUGACUCGUGAGUGCAGUGCAAUCAUUCAGCGGAAGGUUAUCUCCGACAAAAAGGAAGAUCCGGGGAGUUUCACUUUACCCUGCAUGUUGGGACCCCUAUCUUUCAAAAACAGCCUCUGCGAUCUAGGAUCAUCUGUCAGCCUCAUGCCUUUGUCUGUAGCAAAGAGACUGGGAUAUCACAAGUAUCAAGCCUGCGGAAUCUCACUAGUCUUGGCAGAUAGAUCGAUAAGGUUACCAACUGGAAUGCUUGAAGACCUGCCUUUGAGGAUAGGGAAUGUAGAAAUCCCCACCGACUUCAUUGUGCUUGGAAAUGGAUGA